GCCGCCUGUCGCCCUGUGAUGAGAGCAUCAUCCCGCACUGCCACGUCUCCCGGGCAGCUGGGGGUGCGCAAGGGCCGCGCCGGGGGCGGGGGGGCUGAGGACGGGACCCUCUCGCCUCCUCCUCCUACUCCUCCUCUUUUUCUCCUUCCCUCCCUUCCCCAUCCCCUGCUUGUGCCCCCGCUGCGGGGCUGUGCGGGGCUGCCCUGGGGACCGGACCGCUGCCGGCCCAUGUCCCAGCCGCGCCGACAGCCGCGCUUGGAUGUACCUAGGAAGGCUUCGGGAUUGUUGUCUGGGUCUCAGGGCACAGCCUGCCAGAGGCACUGGAAGUGGAUCGGUUCCUGGUCAUGCCCGGUGGAAGGAGGGGACCCAGCCGGCAGCAGCUAAGCCGUUCAGCUUUGCCUUCUCUCCAGACGUUGGUUGGCGGGAGCUGCGGAAACGGUACUGGUUUGAGAAACAGGAAUGGUAGUGCCAUCAGCCUGUCCGCACCUCCGAUCACAGCGCUGAUUACUCCAGAGCCUGUACGUCACUGCCGGAUUCCUGACCUGCCACUGGAUGGGAGCCUUCUCUUUGAAUUCCUGUUCUUCAUCUACCUACUGGUAGCCCUCUUCAUUCAGUACAUCAACAUCUACAAGACUGUCUGGUGGUACCCAUACAAUCACCCUGCUUCCUGCACCUCACUGAAUUUCCACCUCAUUGACUACCACCUGGCGGCGUUCAUCACAGUGAUGCUGGCGCGGAGGCUGGUGUGGGCCCUCGUCUCUGAGGCCUCUCAGGUGGGUGCGACAUCAGUGAUUCACUACAUGGUGCGCCUGGUGCUGCUCACCCUCUGUGGAUGGGUGCUCUGCUGGACUUUGGUCAACCUCUUCCGCAGCCACUCUGUUCUCAACCUUCUCUUCCUGGGCUACCCGUUUGGCGUCUAUGUUCCUCUGUGCUGCUUCCACCAGGACAGCAGAGCACAGCCCCUACCUGCAGACUGUGUUUACUUGGUACAAGACCAGGUGGUGGAUGAUGGGGCUUCAGCUGUCAGCAGCCUGGUCAAACCCAAAGAUUUCCUCUCACUUCUCUGGGAAUCCCUGAGAGAACAAUUCAAUAAUCCUACAUCUAUCCCCACCCACAGCUGCCCCCUUUCCCCAGAUCUCAUCCGCAAUGAGGUGGAGUGCCUAAAAGCAGACUUCAAUCGCAGGAUCAAGGAAGUUCUCUUCAACUCUCUCUUCAGUGCCUACUAUGUGGCAUUUCUGCCACUGUGUUUUGUGAAGAGCACCCAGUACUAUGACAUGCGCUGGUCCUGUGAGCACCUCAUCAUGGUGUGGAUCAAUGCCUUUGUCAUGCUCACCACUCAGCUGCUGCCUCCCAAGUACUGUGACCUGCUCCACAGAUCAGCUGCCCACCUCGGCAAGUGGCAGAAACUAGAACAUGGUUCCUACAGCAAUGCUCCACAGCAUAUCUGGUCAGAAAACACAAUAUGGCCACAAGGAGUUCUGGUGCGACGUAGCCGAUGCCUGUAUAAAGCAGUUGGGCCUUACAACGUAGCAGUGCCUUCAGAUGUGUCCCAUGCCCGCUUUUAUUUCCUUUUUCACCGUCCAUUACGGCUGCUCAACCUGCUGAUUCUCAUCGAAGGCAGCGUGGUCUGCUACCAGCUCUACUCACUGCUGCGCUCAGAGAAGUGGAAUCAUACCCUCUCCAUGGCCCUCAUCCUUUUCUGCAAUUAUUAUGUCUUAUUUAAGCUCCUCCGGGACCGGAUAGUAUUAGGCAGGGCAUACUCCUACCCACUUAAUAACUAUGGACUGAAGGCACACUAGGCCGGCCAAACGUGUACCCCUUCUCUUUCCCUCCCCACAGGGCAGGGAGGGAACCUCAGAAAAAAAAAAAUAUUUUCAUACAGUUCUAUUUUUUUCUUGCGGCGUUUAUAAAUAUUUAAAAUAUUUUAUAUUUUGUAUACUAUUGUUUUUGUGGGGCGGGAAGGGAACCAGUGGCAAUUAAAUGUCGCUUUAUAAACAAGGUAUUAUUUUAUAUAUAUAAAAAAAAAUCAAUGUGUAUAUACCGUAUAUCUCUACCCAUACAUAUAUCUAUGUGAAGCAACAGGAUUGUGUGUGUGGUCACUGUGUCCGCUUUGCUCACACAACUGCCUUGCUCUUGCUUACUGUGGGGACUGAACUACCGUUAAUUAGGAACUACUCUGCUGUAGAGCUUGGAUAAGCUAACAGCAAGGGGAAGAAAGGAAAAACAGGGGCCUUUCACCAGCAUGAGUAAAGUUUAUUUUGGUAACAGUGCUAGGGAAGUCUUGCACUGGAAAUGUGCACUGAUGUGAUACCAUUUUAGGGAAAGUGUGGGAGCAGUUUGCAGAAAGACAGACUUAAGUCACUGUCAGUCAGUAAAAGCUCUCAGCUCCUCCUUCCCACUGUUAUCAGGAUGCAAGUAUUGUUUUACAAAAUGACAAACUCUUUGCUUUAGCUCCUCUCUCUCUUCCUAGCAAUUUGAGCUCACUCACUCUACCGAACUAAAUAUCGAACUUACAAUUUUAGUGUAUCAUUUAGGAAGGGAUUUGAAAUAAAUAGCUCAAUCUAGCAGGAUGGCAGUUACAUAUUUUAAACGUCCUUGAGUAAUAGCAUUAAGUUAGGAAAUAUUCAGACAUUUCCUUCAAGCAAUAGUGUUUCUGGCAAAAAUUUAUUCUUCUCAAACAUUUAUAAACUCCCUUAUUGCUACACAGUGCAUUUCAGCAGUGUUUCACUCAAAGGUAUGUUGGUAAUAUUUACUAACUUACCAUUAAUAAGAGAAGAAAUACUUUACUUUUAAACUGUUCUUCAUAAAGCUGAACUGUACUAGAAUCUAGUGAAAAAACAGUUGUGGAAUUAAAAGACAAUAUUAAUCAUAUAAUUAAUUUAACUGUGGAUGCUGGCGACAGCUGAUGGU